AUGCCUGCAAAGCAAAUGGAUCACGAUGUGCCCAGCAGUCCUCGAGUCGCUGCCUCUGUCGGCCUCCCUGAUAGCGAACCCGGUGAUGUUACGUCACCUACCCGAGCCCUCAAUAAUGUCAGCACGGCGCCUACGUUCAACGCUCUGGCAGCACCACAUGAGGGGGAAUUCUCAGGAAAAGCAGUGCGGUUAGAAUUGAAGGAUGGGAAAACAUAUUUAGGUGUUGGUUUUGGGGCAGAUAAGAGUGUUGCUGGAGAGCUUGUUUUCCAGACAGGAAUGGUGGGAUAUCCAGAGUCAAUCACGGAUCCUUCGUACAAAGGACAAAUCUUGGUGGUCACAUUUCCACUUGUCGGCAACUAUGGCGUACCUUCCAGGAAUACAAUGGACGAGAUACUUGGCGACCUACCUGCUCACUUCGAAGCCAACCAGAUCCAUGUUUCGGGCCUUGUGGUAGCCUCAUAUUCUGGAGAGGACUACUCACAUCACCUUGCUACAUCCUCCUUAGGGACAUGGCUCAAAGAACAGGACAUACCUGCAAUGUACGGGGUGGAUACUCGAGCCCUGACGAAGAGAAUUCGAGAGGAAGGAAGCAUGCUCGGCAAGAUGGUGAUCGAAGCCAAGAAUCAGAAUAACGGUAUGGUCAAUGGUCACAAUGGACAAAACGAAUACGCCGAAGCUCCAUCGUUUGAAGAUAUUGAGUGGAAUAAUCCGAACACGAAAAACCUCGUUGCUGACGUCUCCAUCCAAGAGCCUCGUCUUUACACUCCACCAGCUGGGAACGCUUUGUUUCAUUCGUCUGGCCGACCAAUCAGAGUUGUCUGCGUUGAUGUGGGACUCAAAUAUAAUCAGCUUCGUUGCCUGGUUUCCCGAGGGGUGGAGGUACUGGUCGUUCCAUGGGAUUAUAAUUUUCCAAGUCUUGCUGGCAAAGACUACGACGGCCUCUUUAUCUCUAAUGGUCCUGGUGAUCCCUCAGUGCUUACAAAGACGGUGCAGCAUAUCUCUGCUGCUAUGCAAGAAGCCAGAACUCCUAUUUUUGCAAUUUGCUUGGGUCAUCAGCUUCUUGCCCGAGCUGCAGGAGCGCAAACGAUUAAAAUGAAAUUUGGAAAUCGCGGGCACAACAUUCCUUGCACUCACAAGGCCUCUGGAAAAUGCUACAUCACCUCGCAGAACCACGGCUAUGCAGUCGACGCAAUGAGCCUACCUUCUGACUGGGAAGAGCUUUUCGUAAAUGCAAAUGACGGCAGCAAUGAAGGUAUCAGACAUCUCAGUCGCCCUUACUUCAGCGUGCAAUUUCACCCAGAGAGCACACCUGGACCACGAGAUACCGAAUUCCUUUUUGAUGUCUUCAUCAAUGCUGUCAAAGAAAGCGUUGCCUCAGUCGAAGCUCUACUACGCCAUGUCGAUUUCCCGGGUGGCUCGGCCGACGAGAAUGAAAAGCUGCAUCCAAGAGUGAUUGUGAAGAAGGUCUUGUUGCUGGGAAGCGGAGGCCUCAGCAUCGGCCAGGCCGGAGAAUUCGACUACUCCGGUAGCCAAGCCAUCAAGGCUCUAAAGCAGGAGGGGAUUUACACUAUCUUGAUCAAUCCCAACAUUGCCACCAUACAAACGUCCAAAGGCCUCGCCGAUAAAGUCUACUUCCUACCAGUGACCGCCGACUCGGUGCGGAAAAUCAUUAAGCACGAGCGGGCGGACGCAAUCUAUGUCACCUUUGGCGGCCAGACAGCAUUGCAAGUGGGGGUAGACAUGAUUGACGAAUUCGAAGAGCUUGGUGUGAAGGUUCUGGGGACCCCAAUUGACACAAUCCGCACAACCGAGGAUCGUAAGCUGUUCGCUCGCCGUAUGAAAUCAAUUGGCGAGAAGUGUGCACCAUCAGCAUCUGCGACUUCUGUUGAAGAAGCUGUAUCUGCAAUAAAAGACAUCGGCUUUCCCGUCAUCGUUCGUGCAGCAUACGCUCUUGGGGGCUUAGGCAGCGGCUUUGCCGAUAACGAGCAGCAACUGCGUGAGCUCUGCGAAAAAGCAUUUGCCGCAAGCCCCCAGGUCCUUGUAGAGCGAAGCAUGAAGGGUUGGAAAGAGAUUGAAUAUGAGGUUGUUCGUGAUGUGAGAGACAAUUGCAUAACGGUCUGCAACAUGGAGAACUUCGAUCCACUGGGUAUUCACACUGGAGACUCGAUUGUCGUGGCGCCUUCGCAGACCCUAUCUGAUGAGGACUACAACAUGCUUCGAACAACAGCAGUCAAUGUUAUACGCCACCUGGGAGUUGUAGGAGAGUGCAACAUACAGUAUGCCUUGAACCCGGACUCCAGAGAAUACUGCAUUAUUGAAGUCAACGCUCGAUUAUCAAGAUCGUCUGCCCUAGCUUCGAAGGCAACCGGGUACCCUUUGGCAUUCAUCGCUGCUAAGCUUGGUUUAGGUAUACCCUUGAAUGAGAUCUCAAAUAGUGUCACGAAGGUCACCUGUGCAUGCUUUGAACCAUCCUUGGACUAUGUCGUUGUCAAGAUACCGAGAUGGGAUCUGAAUAAGUUUACUCGAGUCUCUACAGAGCUGGGCUCCUCGAUGAAGAGUGUUGGAGAAGUCAUGAGUAUUGGCAGGACAUUUGAAGAAGCUAUCCAGAAGGCUAUCAGAUCUAUUGAUUUCCAUAAUCUUGGAUUCAACGACACGAGCGCAUUAAUGUCGAUUGACAACGAGCUACAAACACCGUCGGAUCAACGCCUUUUUGCCAUCGCCAAUGCCAUGCAUUCUGGCUACACUGUUGACAAGAUCUGGGAGAUGACUCGAAUUGACAAGUGGUUCUUGAGAAAGCUGAAGAAACUGAGCGACUUUGGGAAGCUCAUGAGCACGUUGAAACCUCAAACAGUGACGCAAAACCUGGUCCGUCAAGCCAAGCAACUAGGCUUUUCAGAUCGACAGCUCGCAAAAUUCUGGAGCUCCACCGAGGGAGCGGUGCGUCAAUUUCGAGUCGAUGCUGGAAUCACACCAUUCGUGAAACAGAUCGAUACUGUAGCAGCCGAGUUUCCUGCCUUCACGAACUACCUAUACCUGACUUAUAACGGCUCGGAGCACGAUGUGAGCUUUGAAGACCAUGGUGUAAUGGUACUCGGAUCAGGAGUCUACCGCAUUGGUUCGUCAGUAGAGUUCGACUGGUGUUCUGUAAGAGGCAUUCGCACUCUUAGAGAUCAAGGCUUCAAGACUGUGAUGGUGAACUACAACCCGGAGACGGUCAGCACAGACUAUGACGAGGCAGACAAGCUCUACUUUGAGACCAUCAACCUUGAGACUGUCCUUGAUAUCUACCAAUUGGAAUCCUCCAGUGGGGUCAUCAUCUCAUUGGGAGGCCAGACACCAAACAACAUCGCUUUAGAUAUGUAUCGCCGAAAUGUCAAAGUUCUUGGUACAUCACCCGAUAUGAUUGACAUGGCCGAAAAUCGAUACAAGUUCUCUCGUAUGCUGGAUCGAAUAUACGUGGAUCAACCAGCGUGGAAGGAGCUAACGAGCAUCGAAGAAGCAAGGGAAUUCUGCAACAAAGUCAAUUACCCUGUGCUAGUAAGGCCGUCAUACGUCCUCUCCGGGGCAGCAAUGAACACAGUUUACUCGCAGCACGACCUCGCAAGCUAUCUGGAUCAAGCAGCUGAAGUGUCCAAAGAGCAUCCGGUCGUGAUUACCAAGUACAUCGAGAAUGCGAAAGAGAUAGAGAUGGACGCAGUCGCGCGGGAUGGUAUUAUGGUCGGUCAUUUCAUUUCUGAGCACGUUGAAAAUGCUGGUGUCCACUCUGGAGACGCUACCCUAAUACUGCCUCCCCAAGAUCUUGAUCCAGAGACUGUCAGACGGAUAGUAGAUGCGACAAGAAAGAUCGGCGAUGCGCUGAAUGUGACUGGACCCUUCAAUAUACAAUUCAUUGCCAAAGACAACGAGAUCAAGGUCAUUGAGUGCAAUGUUCGAGCUUCAAGAUCCUUCCCUUUCGUGUCUAAAGUCAUGGGUGUAGACCUGAUCGAAAUGGCUACUAAGGCUAUCAUGGGAGUUCCUCUUGUGGCGUACCCACCUACCGAAAUACCCCAAGACUAUGUUGGCGUCAAGGUACCUCAAUUUUCAUUCUCCAGGCUCUCCGGAGCAGACCCUGUUCUGGGAGUGGAGAUGGCAUCCACGGGGGAGGUGGCCUGCUUCGGCCGAGACAAGUAUGAAGCGUACAUCAAAGCUCUCAUCUCGACUGGCUUCAAACUUCCGAAGAAUAACAUACUACUGUCGCUUGGGGCCUUGAAAGAGAAGAUGGAAUUGCUACCAUCCAUUAUAAAAUUGCACAAGCUAGGUUACAACCUUUUCGCGACUACUGGAACUGCGGACUACCUUCAAGAACACGGCCUACCGGUAAAAGUUCUUGAAAUACUCUCCAGUGAGUCUGAACAACAAAAUUCAGAGUAUUCAAUACCGCAGCAUCUUGCGAACAAUCUCAUCGAUCUGUACAUCAACUUACCAUCCAGCAACAAUUUCCGUCGACCUGCCAAUUACAUGAGUCGCGGUUAUAGAAGCAGAAGAUUGGCAGUGGACUAUCAGAUACCAUUGGUUACAAACGUCAAAAAUGCUAAAAUUCUCAUCGAAGCAAUCGCUAGGCAAUACGACUUUGAGAUUCGAAGCAUUGAUUAUCAGACCGGUCACCGAACGAUGGUUUUGCCAGGCCUGAUCAACGUGUCAGCUUUUGUCCCCGGUGUGGCUAUCAGUGGUAACCGGGAUUUUUCCACAGUCACUAAAGCCUCCGCUGCAGCAGGAUUUAGUAUGAUCCGAGUCAUGCCCUUGGGACUUGAGAGCUCAGUGACAGACGCCCGCUCAUUGAAGCUAGCACAACAAGGAAGCCGACAUGGUGCUUUCUGUGACUACAACUUCUCUGUCGCAGCGACGUCAUCAAAUUCCGAGCAGAUAAGUCAAGUCGUUGACGAUAUUGGCUCCCUCUUCAUCACCUUCGACCAUCUGUCGAGUAGCAUCAGCAAAGUCGCAGCAGUGGCUUCUCAUUUUGCUACCUGGCCGAACGAUAAGACUAUUGUCACUGAUGCUAAAACUACUGACUUGUAUUCGGCGCUCCUACUGGCAAGCUUGCACAAUCGGAAAUUACACGUCACUUGCGUCACCACGGAGGAAGAUAUCCAGCUCAUUGCCUUGAGCAAAUCGAGAGGACUGAAAGUGACAUGCGACGUCUCAGUUUAUUCCUUGUUCCUUUCGCAGGAAGACGUUCCAGAAUGCUCCACCCUGCCUACUGCCGCCGACCAAAAAGCGUUAUGGUAUCACAUGGGAACAAUAGACUGCUUUUCAAUUGGAAGUCUUCCUUACCGGAUUGCGAUUGCGGCCAAUGAAGCAGCUACGCCCGCAGUGGGAACUGCUGACACUCUCCCGCUAUUGCUCACCGCCGUCUCCGAAGGUCGACUGACAAUGGAUGAUGUGAUUGCUAGGUUGCAUGGAAACCCCAAGAAGAUAUUUGAGCUCCAUGAUCAGCCUGGAACAUCAAUCGAGAUUGAGGUCGACCGACCAUAUGUGCUACAAGCUUCUGCUGUAUGGUCGCCAUUCGUUGGAAAGGCCAUGCGAGGUUCCGUUCAACGAGUCAUCUUCCAAGACACGACUACCUGCCUUGAUGGGGAAGUAAUGCAAGAUGCGAGCUUUGGGAGAGACAUGUCUGGGCAUUCUCUGUCUAACCAAUCACCCGUGGUGAAGCCAAUGCAUUCCCCAGCCCUUCGUCCAAUCAGCUCACACGACCGUCGAGAAUCUGUGCAUGAUCGAAGACCAUCCGUGCUUUCAGGAACCGCCUUGCCGGCACGUCCUAUCAGCCGGCUACGCCAGCAGGAUGGAAUGAGCACCACACAGUCUCCUAAAGAUGCCCAAAUGCAAUCUCCCAGUCCAUCGACGAUGGCUUCAGACUUCAGCUCCUCCUCUCUACCCAUGUCGUUGCCUCCGAUUACCCACAAUGUCCAAGACCUGCUCUCCCGCUCGCCCUUUAAACAACGCCACAUCCUCUCCGUGGACCAAUUCAACCGCCAAGACUUGCACCUCCUCUUUACAGUCGCCCAGGAGAUGUACCUCGGUGUCGUGCGCCAAGGCAUCCUCGACAUCCUCAAAGGUCGCCUUCUCUGCACCCUCUUCUACGAACCCUCUACUCGCACGUCCGCCUCUUUUGACGCAGCAAUGCAACGCCUCGGCGGCCGUACAGUCGCAAUCGCUACGUCCCAUUCUUCAACGCGGAAAGGUGAAACGCUCCAAGACACCAUCCGUACUCUAGGCUGCUACGGUGAUGCCAUCGUACUGCGGCAUCCUGAUGAAGCGAGCGCUGCUAUUGCCGCCAAAUUCAGCACUGUUCCCAUCAUAAACGGAGGCAACGGUAGCCUGGAACACCCCACUCAAGCCUUCUUGGAUCUUUUCACAAUACGAGAAGAGUUGGGAACGGUGAAUAGCCUUUACGUAACCUUCGUUGGCGACCUCCGCUACGGUCGCACAGUCCACUCCCUUGUCAAACUCCUCCAACACUACGAUGUGCACAUUCAACUCAUCUCUCCUCCCUCCCUCGCCCUUCCUGCCGACGUUCGGCAAUCCCUCAUCGGUGCCGGCAAGCUAGUGCAUCAAGGCUCCGCAUUGACUCGCGAAAUAAUUACGAGAUCGGACGUCAUCUACUGUACGCGCUUGCAGAAAGAGCGAUUCGAGGAUCUUGGCGAAUACGAGAGACUAAAAGGAGGCUUGGUCAUUGAUAACAACGUGUUGAAGCACGCAAAGCCGCACAUGGUGAUCAUGCAUCCGUUGCCGAGGAACGAGGAAGUGGGCGAGGAGGUCGAUUUCGACCAGAGGGCGGCGUAUUUUAGACAGAUGCGAUACGGACUCUACUGCCGAAUGGCAUUGCUUGCGUUGGUCAUGGCUCCAUGA